AUGGCCACCGCCGUGGAUCAAAAGCUGCUCCGGCAGACCAAGUUCCCGCCCGAGUUCAAUCAAAAGGUCGACAUGAAGAAAGUCAACGUUGAAGUCAUGAAAAGGUGGAUUGCAGGCAAGAUCUCCGAAAUACUUGGUUCUGAGGAUGACGUGGUGAUCGAGCUAUGUUUCAAUCUGCUCGAGGGUUCGCGCUACCCCGACAUCAAAGCGCUUCAGAUCUCGCUCACCGGGUUUCUUGACAGGGACACCCCGAAAUUUUGCAAGGAGCUCUGGAAUCUGUGUUUGAGCGCUCAAUCAAACCCGCAGGGUGUCCCGAAAGAACUUCUGGAGGCUAAAAAGUUGGAACUCAUUCAAGAGAAGGUACCACACCUGUAG